CUCCUUUUGUGAAGGAAUUAGGGACUGAUUGCUCUUUUGUCUUGAGGAUUGGAGCUUUCAGUCCGUAUCAUAUCAAUGGCAACCAAAAUCAAAGGGAUCCGUAAAGGAUUUAAAUAUAUAUCACAAAUCUUUGUUGUGAAGGAUCGUGAGUUGGAUAUUGGGUAUCCAACAGACGUGAAACAUGUGUCACAUAUUGGCUGGGAUGGAUCCACUGGUAAUGCUCCCGGUUGGAUGAACGAAUUCAAGACAUCGUCUGAUUUCUCGACAACCUCCAUAGGCAACAUUCAUGAGCUAAGAGGCGGUUCCAGUUCCAUAAUCUCGUCAACAUGGGCGUCUCAAGAUUUUGAAUCCAUGAACAGCCAACCAGUAACUGAUAUAUUCAAAGACACGCCACCAAUGGAUAUGCCAGAUAUUCCUAAGAAGCAAAAACGGAAGAAAUCGAAGUCAAGUUCCUCAUCGUCGACGUCUACAUCCGCAUCUUCGUCAAGAUCGUCUCGAGCAACUGCAAAAUUGAAGGCUAAAUUCGUCGAUGAAACUGGCAGACAAGAAAACAGAGAUGUUGUGUUAUAAAAGAAGA